AUGACCACCUCAAAAUCUCUGCUUGCAUUGCCCAACGAGCUUCUUGCUCUGAUCAUCGAAAACGACGAUCUCACUAUCAAGGAUCUUGCGAGUCUGCGCCUUACUUGCAAGCAUACCAAGCACUUCGCUUCAAAUGCUCUAGGAAAGCGCAUCUUCGUCGACAUGGAUAUUCGGUACACACGCGAUGCCUUUAACUGGUUCACCAAUCUCCUGCUCUUGGAUAUAGGUAGUCACGUACGAUCUGUAUGCUUGACCUUGACCUAUCAUCCUCAAAAGAAUUGCUAUCCACUCAAGUACUACAGACACCAGGAGGCCGAGAUCAAGUCUGGGUGCUCCCGACUGCGAGACAUCAGAAUCGAGUCUUCCCACGGAAUCGCCUACUUGUGGAAGAAGGUACUAUGCGCAGCGACUCAUCUUCAAACCUUCGACUACAAGGAUCGGGACGCUGACAUUGUCAAACGCCACUGGACUGUACCCUUCAGGGGCACCAUCGAGAGCAGCGACUUGCUUCUCGAUAGUAUCAAGUCCGAUUACCUAGGUAGUCUGGUGUUAAGUCACCUCCACAUCUCAGCCAGUACACUCAAGAAACUGCUCGACAUUCACGAAGAGACGCUCUCUACGCUUGAUAUCAGAGAGUGUGUUCUCAUUGAUGGCAACUGGUUCGAAAUUCUGAACUGCAUAAGAUUGAAUCUCUCACAUCUUCGUAACUUCUGUAUCGAUAUUCUCUACGAAGCGGUCAAGAAGGUGCCUUCUCCCAAGCCAUAUAUCCAUGACCGUCGACCAUGGGGCCUCGGCUUCUUCCUUGAACACAGUCCAUACGCUCUCAAAAAAUACAGCAGCCCUCUUAAACUCAAAAUUGAAGGACAGAAGGAGAUUACCCAUGGUCUGUCUGAGUUGUUGAAAGCACGAGAGGGACAUCAAGCUCAGUAA